GACUGAUUCAGAUCACUUCCUCUUUAGCCUUAUAAAUCCACACAAGUUUUACCUCUCCAGGCAUAAGCAGAGAGUUUAGAUAGUGCUCGUCUCCAUCAACAUUUGGCAAAAAUGAAGCUCUUAUUUCUCGCUGUCUUUCUAUACUUGACGGCAUCUCAUGUCUCUGCAUCCGAUCCGAGUCCCUUGCAAGACUUCUGCGUAGCAGACAAUUACAGCAAAGUGUUUGUGAAUGGAAAAGUUUGCAAAGACCCGAAGUUGGCGACAGCAAAUGACUUCUUCUUUGCUGGGCUUGACAAGCCGGGCAACACCAGCAAUCCUGUGGGUUCGAAGGUCACCCCGGUGAAUGUAAUGCAAAUUGCUGGGCUCAACACUCUGGGCAUCUCCUUAGCACGCAUAGACUUUGCUCCUGGUGGCCAAAACCCUCCCCACACACACCCACGUGCCACCGAGAUCCUCACAGUCUUAGAAGGGACCCUUUAUGUCGGCUUCGUGACCAGCAAUCCCGAAAACCGUUUGAUUAGCAAGAUACUGAACAAAGGAGAUGUGUUUGUAUUUCCUGUGGGCCUCAUUCACUUCCAGCAAAAUGUGGGUUAUAGCAAUGCAGUGGCCAUUGCAGCUUUGAGCAGCCAGAAUCCAGGGGUCAUAACCAUCGCUAAUGCUGUGUUUGGAGCCAACCCACCUAUCUCUGAUGUUGUUCUUGCAAAGGCCUUCCAAAUUGAUAAACAACUGGUUGAUAAACUUCAGGCAAGCUUCUGGAUGGAUAAUAACUAAAAUAAAGGUCAUGGGGGCCUCAUUACUACUUGAUAGAGAUUUCCCAUGUAAAUUUCAUUUGUAUCAUCUUUUUAAUAUUUUGAUUUCUUGUGGUGUGUCGACCGCUAUAUAAUAAAAUUGGUCAUUGGAAUAAAUUAUAUCACUUUGGAGAUACAUUUUUAAUA